GACUGUGAGAGGCACGGUAACGACGCGCAACAAACGCCAGCACUUCUUUUUGAGCCUCCCUCACUGUGACAGCCAGCUGUGGGAGAUUGAAGAAUCGUCGUGACCUUGCGGUACCUUUCGAAACUGUUACUUACAACCUCCGCAAGUGGAAUACUAACUAGUAAUCGCGUUGACCCAGUCUUUGGCGCUACUCCGAUUACCUGAAACGACCAAGAAAACGCACUUGGAUCAUUUGAUUUUCAGCAGUCAUGGCAGCUCCAACCCAAACGUGCGGUCUGAUCAACGCAGCCAACAACAAAUAUCUGACUGGCGAGAAAUUUGGCUUCACUGUCAACGCCAACGGAGCAACGAUCAAGUCCAAGCAAAUUUGGCAGAUCGUAAGCAAGGAGGGCAGUGAGCAUGUCUUCCUGCGUAGCCCCCACAACCGGUACCUGGCGGCCACUGAGAAAGGUGUAGUCACUGCUGACUCCGAGGAGAUGUCUGGCAAUGCUGCUUUCUUCUUCGAGCCACAGAAGAGUGGUCGCGUUGCCUUCAAGAGCGUCCACAACUACUACUUUGGCGGCGAGGGUGACAAGUUGUCGUGCUUCUCCAAGACUGUUGGCGACCAGGAGUCCUGGAUCAUCCACCUUGCCAACCACCCACAGUUUGUUCUGCGCAAUGUUCAGCGUAAGUGUUAUGUGACCUGCGACGAGAAGGCCAAUGAAAUGCGCACUACCGAGGAGCACCCAUGGGGCGCAGAGGCCGUCAUCACCCUGGAGUUCGACCGCCCCAGUGGCAGCUACCUGCUCCGUGCCUCCAACAACAUGGUCUUGUCGCAGUCCGGCAAGCUGAUCAAUGACGUCAACGAGGACUCUCGCUUCCAGGUGGAAUUCCGCAGCGGAUACGUGGCCUUCCGUGCCUCCAAUGGAAAGUACCUGGCUGGUGUUGGCAGCACAGGCGCCUUGCAGGCACGUCGUGAGAAGGUUGACAAGGAUGCGCUGUUUGCCCUGGAGGACUCUCUGCCCCAGAUCCAGCUCAUCUCCCACUCCGGCAAGUACGUGUCCAUUGCCCGUGGCGUCGAGGUAUCGGCCAGCCAGUCCGAGCCCACCACCAAGGAGAUCUUCCAGCUUACCUGGGCCGAUGGCAAGGUUGCUCUGCGCUCCGCCUCCGGAAAGUUCGUCUCGGCUUCCAGCUCAUCCCUUCAGGACAAUGGCGAGGAGGCCAGCGGUGACAACCUGUACGAGAUUGCGUUCAACGGCGCCACCGUUACGUUUAAGGCCAACAGCGGACGCUACGUCAUCACCAAGCCCAACGGCACGCUGAGCGCCACCGGCGACUCUGCCGAAGAGCCCAAGGCCGUCUUCACGCUCAACAUCGUCAACCGCCCGCUGCUUGUGCUGCGCGGCGAGCACGGCUUCGUCUCCACCGUGCCCACGUCCAAGGACAAGCGCUACGAGGCCAACCGAUCGAUGUACGAGGUCCUGAGCGUCAACGUCGAGAGCGGCAUCUACACGCUCAAGGGUGCCAACGGUCAGAACGUCAGCCAGAUCGAGAACAAGACCUUCUCCGCCAACGGUGGCGAGCCAGCGCGCUUCCACUUUGAGAUCCAGCCGAACAGCCGCAUGGCACUUCGCCUCGUCGGCGGUGCCCUCCUCAAGGGUGUUUCCAACGGCGGCUUCAGCGAGAGUGGUGAAGAGAUUGGUAAGGAGACCGUGUUUGAGUAUUAGAUAUGAGACUUUGCAGAGGUAACUCUCUGCGAGCCAGAAUCCCGUCUUUACUUCCUUAGUUUUAUUUUGCCGUCUUUAGCAUAACAAGUCAUUAGUUUCAAUUUUUUUAAUUGCCUAAAAUUCCCGGAUGUGUUUGUCGCCGCCAUCACUGCGUUGAGUAUUGCCUGCUUCCCACAUCCUGCACACUUUAGAGCUUGUGCUUCUCUGCAAUUCGGCGGACUUUUUUUCGCCACAGCUGGUCCGCUUGUUUUUCUUCAUUUUUAUCUAGACUCGCUUCGCCGCCUUUUUUCUCCUACAGCUCGGCACAAUAUGCUCUUUGAUAUCACACGUUCUCCAUGAUCUAGCAAUCUCCCCAUCGAUCGUCUCGCCAUGCUUGAUGGUGGCCCGUUUUACAACAAAAAUUAUUUAGUUCAGUUGUUUCAUACCUCUGCGCUACCACAGGUAUGCACACGAAAUUUUCUUCUUUUUAAAACACGCUAUGAUCGCCUCGCUCUGGUUCAUCAUUUUGAUUCUUGGACGAAUCCUGUAAGCUUC